CGGCAGCGACGGCAGCGGCGGACAGGAGCCCGGCCUGACCCUCGCUGGGAGCAGCGUGAGCCGGCCGCGGGCCACCAUGUCGGCGCCGUCGGAGGAGGAGGAGUACGCGCGGCUGGUGAUGGAGGCGCAGCCCGAGUGGCUGCGCGCUGAGGUGAAGCGGCUGUCGCACGAGCUGGCCGAGACCACGCGCGAGAAGAUCCAGGCGGCCGAGUACGGGCUGGCGGUGCUGGAGGAGAAGCACCAGCUCAAGCUGCAGUUCGAGGAGCUCGAGGUGGAUUACGAGGCCAUCCGCGGCGAGAUGGAGCAGCUCAAGGAGGCAUUUGGACAGGCGCACACGAACCACAAGAAGGUAGCCGCGGACGGCGAGAGCCGGGAGGAGAGUCUGAUCCAGGAGUCGGCCUCCAAGGAGCAGUACUAUGUGCGCAAGGUGCUGGAGCUGCAGACGGAGCUGAAGCAGCUGCGGAACGUGCUCACCAACACUCAGUCGGAGAGCGAGCGCCUGGCGUCCGUGGCGCAGGAGCUGAAGGAGAUCAACCAGAACGUGGAGACCCAGCGUGGCCGGCUGCGGGAUGAUAUCAAGGAGUACAAGUUCCGAGAGGCCCGUCUGCUGCAGGACUACUCGGAGCUGGAGGAGGAGAACAUCAGCCUGCAGAAGCAGGUGUCCGUGCUCAGGCAGAACCAGGUGGAGUUCGAGGGCCUCAAGCACGAGAUCAAGCGUCUGGAGGAGGAGACCGAGUACCUCAACAGCCAGCUGGAGGACGCCAUCAGGCUCAAGGAGAUCUCGGAGCGGCAGCUGGAGGAGGCGCUGGAGACGCUGAAGACAGAGCGCGAGCAGAAGCUCAGUCUGCGCAAGGAGCUGUCCCACUACAUGAGCAUCAACGACUCCCUCUACACCAGCCACCUGCACGUCUCCCUGGACGGCCUCAAGCUUGGCGACGACGCUGAGGCUCUGGCCAACGGCUUCGAGCACGGCGGCCUGGCCAAGCUGCCGCUCGACAACAGAACCUCCACGCCCUCCAAGGACGGUCUCGCCCCGCCCUCCCCCAGCCUGGUGUCCGACCUCCUCAGCGAGCUCAACAUCUCCGAGAUCCAGAAGCUGAAGCAGCAGCUGGUGCAGCUGGAGCGGGAGAAGAUGGGCCUGCUGACGACACUGCAGGACACACAGAAGCAGCUGGAGCAGGCGCGGGGCGCCCUGUCGGAGCAACACGAGGAGGUGAGCCGCCUCACGGAGAACCUCAGCGCCCUGCGGCGCCUGCAGGCCGGCAAGGAGCGGCGGACGGCCCUGGACAGCGAGAAGGCGGACAGCCACGAGGAUGGUGACUACUACGUGGACAUCAACGGCCCUGAGAUCCUGGCUUGCAAGUCCGCGGCCCUGGCAGAGGCCACUGAGCUCCGAGAGCAGCUGAAAGCCCUGCGCAGCGCACACGAGGCCGGCGAGGCCCGGCACGCGGAGGAGAAGGGCCAGCACGAGGCCGAGAGCCAGGCGCUCACCGAGAAGGUCUCCCUGCUGGAGAAGGCCGGCCGCCAGGACCGCGAGCUGCUGGCCCGGCUGCAGGCGGAGCUGAAGAAGGUGAGUGAUGUUGCGGGUGAGACGCAGGGCAGCCUGAGCGUGGCCCAGGACGAGCUGGUGACCUUCAGCGAGGAGCUGGCCAACCUCUACCACCACGUGUGCAUGUGCAACAACGAGACACCCACCCGCGUCGUGCUCGACUACUACCGAGAGGGCGCGGCUGGCGCCGGCCACGGCAGCCCCGAGGCCCGCGAGCGCCGCUCGCCUGUCCUGCCCAAAGGACCGCCGGCCGUGGAGGCUGGGGGGGACAGCAGCCCUUCGCCCAGCCCUUCCCUGCCCUCGCUGAGUGACCCACGCCGGGAGCCCAUGAACAUCUACAACCUGAUCGCCAUCAUCCGCGACCAGAUCAGGCACCUGCAGGCAGCCGUGGACCGCACCACGGAGCUGUCGCGGCAGCGCCUGGCCUCCCAGGAGCUGGGCCCUGCCUCGGAUAAGGACCGGGAGGCACUCAUGGAGGAGAUCCUCAAGUUGAAGUCUCUGCUGAGCACCAAGCGGGAGCAGAUCACCACGCUGCGCACGGUCCUCAAGGCCAACAAGCAGACGGCCGAGGUGGCCCUGGCCAACCUGAAGAGCAAGUACGAGAAUGAGAAGGCCAUGGUGACCGAGACCAUGAUGAAGCUGCGUAACGAGCUGAAGGCCCUCAAGGAGGACGCGGCCACCUCCUCGCUGCGGGCCAUGUUUGCCACCAGGUGUGACGAGUACAUCACGCAGCUGGAUGAGAUGCAGCGGCUGGCAGCCGCCGAGGACGAGAAGAAGACGCUCAACUCUCUGCUGCGCAUGGCCAUCCAGCAGAAGCUGGCGCUGACCCAGCGGCUGGAGCUGCUCGAGCUGGACCACGAGCAGACCCGGCGGGGCCGCGCCAAGGCCGCCUCCAAGGCCAAGCCGGGCACCCCGAGCCUGUAGAGUAGCUGCCGGGAGGACUCGGCCGCGGCCCUGUCACACUGCAGCCCCUCCCCCUCCCGCGGGCCCACGCAGAGGAAGGAAGGGCAGCCUAAAAGUCCACUUAGAAACCUGUUUGGAUAUGCCACUGCAGUUCUUUCCAAGUUAGCAUUCCCUGAGUGUUUAAUGGCAGAGGACAUAAAGCUUUAAUGUUGAGAAUGCCGCCAGCUGCUUGCCUGUACGGUGCUGAAGAACCUGCUCGGACAGCGGCCAUCAGGCUCGCUUAGAACCCGCUAGAAACGCUCAACACCGGGGUCUCCCUGUUACAGAUGCCCUUUUAUAUCCCAUCAACCUGUGCACUUUUGAUAUUUUGAUAUUAUUAUAUUUGCUUCCUUAAUCCCUCCCAUAGAGACGGUCUCAGAUGCCGUGGUCUGUCUCGUGGUCCUGUAGCGCUCCGUCUUAGCUCCCGCCGUGUUGAUCUGGUGUCAGCACGUGGCACGGACGUGUUUCCCCAGCGUGUAGCUCUAGACUGUUUAGGUGAAGGCCUCGACCCGGCAAGGAGCUCGGCCAGUCGUAGCCACGCUGUGGUUCAGCAGCCUUUUAGGUUAUGCGGCAUUAUGGUUCAUGUUUGAAAUUACAGAUUUUAAAUGCCAUGUUCAUUAAGAAAUCCAGGGUAUUCCAAUUCUGGGGUUUUUCAUAUUGUAUUAUUAUUAUUCUUAGGAAUAGUUCAAUGUAACAAGAAGAAAACUUGACCUUGCUCUGGUUAAACAGUAAUAGGCACUUGAAAACAAAAAGAUAAAUUAUUGAAUGAGUAGUAUUACCUACAAAUUCCAGAAUCUUCUGGGUUUUAGGACAUUGUGAAGCAUGACUGAUUAACAGAAUUUAUACAACUGUACCAGUGAAAUUCCAAAUUGGAAUUGUUUUGUUACUCUGGUUGUUGUGCCAGAUUGUGGCACACUUAGAAAAUCCUACAGCCGUCGGUUUCUAGGGUGUUCUGUCUCAACGCCUUUUUGUUAGUAAUCAUUGCCAGUAGUGCCUUCAUCAGUUAAGGGAGGUGUCCCAGCGCAGUUCGUGCUCUAAAAUGGACGGUGAGGAGCUAGUUGGGAAUGUUGAAGGCCAGUGUGGACCAGUAGGUGUGAACGGGUGCGCACCGUCAUACCUGAACCUGGGCAUCUUCAUCGAGGGAAAGAAAACAGCGAUUGUGCAAAAUUCUGUUAGUCAGUGAUUCUUUACUGUGCAGAUCCUUGCAAAUUCAGGGGCUGAGAAAAGGAAAGUGAACACACACCUCGAGUGUGCUUUGGGAACCAAAUGGACUUGAGGGACAAGCUAAGCCAGCGGUGUGGACGACACGCCAUGUUUGUGAAGAGCGGGCGGCAGGGGCGCCGGCUGUCGGCCUCGUGCAGGGGUGAGGGCUAGCCGUAGUAUUCUUUGCAAAUGUGAGGAAGAGACGUUCUGUAUUCUCUUGCUUGGUGUAACUAAUCGCUGUUAAUUUCAGGAAACAGAACUCGGUGAAGCCCCUCAGCAGUCCAGGGCUGUGUCCCGUCGGGUUUGCUGGGUGAGGCUGUGCAUACGGUAAAAUUGGUACUCACAGAAGAAGAAAGUGUCCUCUCUUCUCCAAAAUAAAGGACAAAUUAUAAUAUAUAUAAGUAGCAAGGGUCAAAGAAUUCUGUUUCCUGGAAUAAGCAUUUCUUCUUCCUAGUUGUAGGGACCCCUAUUUUUACCUUCUAUUACAGUGUCGGUCCUUAAGAAAUAAUGUUACAUUUACAAUAACUUCACCUGUAUGGGGUAUUUAUUUGCAAUGAUGUCUGAGUACUGUAUUUUUUCUGUGCAUUACCUUAGUGUCAGAAUGUUGUCUUUAUUUUAAGAUCAUAUGCAUGUUCUCCUGCCAAGGAACCUUUACACAGACCCAAACAAACAAACAAACAAACAAACAAACAAACAAAAAUGCAUUCUAAUUCUGAGAAAGUGAGGCAGAGCCUGGAAAAGGAGUAGGAAGGAACGGUCAGUCUCGACUUGGGACACGGGCGUCUGGUGCAAAUGUCUGCAAAGCCAGUGCACAUAGGAACAUGGGCCUGGUAAGGGUCACGUGGUAGGACCAAUAAAUAAAGAAUAAUAAAAAGCACAA